UAGCACUGGGAAUAAAUAAAUUCGUUAGAUUAAUUGCCAUCUAGACUCAAUGCUGAGCAAUUUCACGGUGUUGAGGGGUGAAGAUGGAAAAACACCGAGUUGGCGGAUGAAGGCUUAUUUCUCUAGGUCCAUAUCUCCUGCACAAGUCGUGCUUGGAAACAUAUAUAAAGAGUAGAAGAUCUACCCGAUUAUCGAGAAUUCUGGCCCAAACACCAUCUGUUAUUUCUGUGAGACUUCUUGGCAUAAAGAUAAUCAUCAUCAUCAUGAAGACAUCUAUCACACUUCUUCUUUCCUCGAUCGCAGCCCAGGUAUGCGCGACCCCGACCUUGUACCUGGCUGGUGAUUCUACUAUGGCGCUUGGUGGCGGUGGAACUGGCACUCAGGGUUCGUACUAUAUUCUCCGUACCAAAAAUCAUAUAUGCGGCUGGAGAAUAUCAGCUAACAUGGUUUACGCAUAGGCUUCGGUGAAUAUCUCAAGUACAGCUUGAAGGGUAUCAAUGUCGUGAAUGAUGCUAAGGCCGGACGCUCCGCUCGCUCGUAUUAUAACGAGGGGAGAUUUACCACAUUGGCUGACUCUGUUGUUGCCGGGGAUUAUGUUCUUUUGUAUGUGUCCAGCCAGCAUCUUAUCACCCACCCAUGUAUACGUACUGAUAAAUAUCGCAGUGAAUUCGGUCACAACGAUGGAGGAUCUCUAAGCACGACUGAUAAUCUCCGUACCGAUUGCUUCGGAGGCGGUUCCGAAACAUGUAUUUCUCCCGUUACAGGGGAAACCGUGUAUACAUAUGUUUUCUACCUCUUACAAGCAGGGUCCGUAACACCUUAAUCCCUACUAUUCCUUCCCCCACUUAUCAGAAACCCUAAUUAACAACCUGUCCCCUUAACAGAAAACUCAUCACAGCAAAGGGUGCACACCUAAUCAUCGCCUCCCCCACACCCGAUAACCCUUGGGAAACCGGCACCUUUGGGUACUCCUCGCCCCGUUUCACCGGCUACGGAAAAUCUGUCGCUACCACGCUCGGCUCCCUUGCUUCGUUCGUGGAUCAUGGUCUAUAUACUGCCAAUAUUUUCCAAUCCCUUGGAGCUAGUACUGUUGAUUCAUUCUAUCCAAAUGAUCAUACCCAUACUAGUCCCGCUGGUGCGAAUGUAGUAGCAGCUGCGUUUAUGAAGGGCUUGAUGUGUGGAGGUAGUGCAUUGAGUGCCUACUCGAAGAACUCGACCAGUAGCAUUGCGGGAAGUUGUGCUUAGAUCAGUGAUAGGGGUUACUACAUAGCAAAAACAAUGCUGUAAGAGAAUAAAAUGAUUAUUAAAUUAAUGAAAGCUGAGAUUC